CCGGGUACUUCGGGAGGAACCACAUAACUCAACCCCGAGCGUCCGAUUUGCUGCUGCAACUUCGUGUUGUCGCUGUUAUUUUGGGUUUGCGCUAGAAACGUUAGAUUUGACAACAGCUGCGGCGAGAACACGAGCGAAAGUCGACGUUUGGAUCAUCCAGAACAGCCAGAGGCGACGUGUAAGCGGAGUGAAAAGAAAAAGAGCACAUUAUGAAAACGUGAUGGAGAAAUGCUUGUAUAACGACUGACUCCGACCAAUCAGAGCGCUCCAUUUCUUCCCCCCCCUGCGUGUUCUUGUGGGUGGAUAUGUUGAUACUAGAAAGGACGACUGGCAUGGCCGAACUACCAGGGAUUACAAUUUAAAGAUAAUGUUUGAUGCGUUAACGUGGCGUUUCGGACUCGUUAGUGUGAGUUGUCUUUGUGUAAUUUAACCUCGGCGACAAAACGUCAGCAGCUUCUAGUUCGCGUCCGGUGGAUUUUACGCACAAGCCUCGUGUGUUCGCAGACGGAAAACAGCGUCGCUUGGUGCAUGGAGACUUGUUUCUUCGGGAUGUUUUCACUCCAUCUUUGCUACUAAUCGAGUUGUGGUUAUUUUAUUUUAUUUAUUUAUUUAUUUGUGCGUCUGGUGGUUCUUUGCUGUCCACACAUGCAGCCGCUGCUGGUCAGGAGACCCAACUCUGUGGAUAAAUUCAUGGAGCAGGGUUAAGGUCAGGACUAAGCUUUCAGCGCAAGAAUCCACGGACUAGGACUCGAUUUAAAACUAUUCCAGUUGUGUGCGCAACUUGCUUGCGCUUGUUGUUAUUGUUUUGGGGCCCUCCCUGUCUCCUUCCGCGUUUGAACCCACGGGUAAUUCAUAAAGAAGACAGCCGACAUGGUGGCCAACACCAUCCACUGGUUCAGGAAGGGAUUGCGGCUGCAUGACAACCCGUCUCUGAGGGAUUCUAUCCGGGGAGCGGACACUUUACGCUGCAUUUACAUCCUGGACCCCUGGUUCGCUGGAUCCUCCAACGUGGGCAUCAACAGGUGGAGGUUUCUGCUCCAUUGUUUAGAAGAUUUGGACGCCAGCCUGCGCAAACUCAACUCCCGCCUGUUUGUCAUCAGAGGCCAGCCCACAGAUGUCUUCCCUCGUCUUUUUAAGGAAUGGAAGAUUACCCGUUUAUCUUACGAGUAUGACUCUGAGCCUUUCGGCAAAGAACGCGACGCCGCCAUCCAAAAACUAGCCAGUGAGGCCGGGGUGGAGGUCAUGGUGCGAGUUUCACACACUCUUUACGAUCUGGACAAGAUCAUAGAAAUAAAUGGUGGCCAGUCUCCACUUACGUACAAGCGCUUCCAGGCCCUAAUCAACCGAAUGGACGCUGUGGAGCUGCCUGCAGAGACCAUCACAUCCGAGGUCAUUAAAAGCUGCGCCACGCCCAUCAGCGAAGACCACGAUGACAAGUUUGGGGUGCCCACUCUCGAAGAGCUUGGUUUUGAGACGGAGGGCUUAACCACAGCAGUAUGGCCAGGUGGAGAAACAGAAGCCCUCAUGAGGCUAGAGCGACAUCUGGAAAGGAAGGCGUGGGUUGCGAACUUUGAGCGUCCUCGUAUGAACGCAAACUCCCUGCUGGCCAGUCCCACGGGCCUCAGCCCCUACCUGCGCUUUGGAUGUCUCUCCUGUCGGCUCUUUUAUUUCAAACUUACCGAUCUGUUCAGAAAGGUGAAGAAGAACAGCAGCCCUCCGCUGUCCCUGUACGGCCAGUUGUUGUGGCGGGAGUUCUUCUACGCGACCGCCACCAACAACCCUUGCUUUGACAAGAUGGACGGAAACCCCGUGUGUGUCCAGAUCCCCUGGGACCGGAAUCCAGAGGCGCUGGCCAAGUGGGCAGAGGGACGCACGGGUUUUCCCUGGAUAGACGCGAUUAUGACCCAGCUGAGGCAGGAGGGCUGGAUCCAUCACUUGGCGCGGCACGCUGUGGCCUGCUUCCUCACCAGAGGAGACCUCUGGAUCAACUGGGAGGAAGGCAUGAAGGUCUUUGAAGAGCUGCUGUUGGACGCCGACUGGAGCGUGAACGCUGGCAGCUGGAUGUGGCUCUCAUGCAGCUCGUUCUUCCAGCAGUUUUUCCACUGCUACUGCCCCGUGGGGUUUGGAAAACGCACGGACCCGAACGGCGACUACAUACGGCGCUAUCUGCCCAUAUUCAGGGGUUAUCCGGCCAAAUACAUCUACGAUCCCUGGAACGCCCCAGAGGAAGUGCAGAAGGCAGCCAAGUGCAUCAUAGGAGUCCACUACCCCAAACCCAUGGUGAACCAUGCCGAGGCCAGCCGCGUCAACAUAGAGAGGAUGAAGCAGAUCUACCAGCAGCUCUCCUGCUACAGAGGACUGGGCCUGCUGGCGACAGUACCUACCAAUCCCAACAACAGUGCAAACGGCAGUAACACGGCGACCGGUCCGUUUCCACGACGACCCUCUGAAGACCCGUCUCUAGAGGAGGCGACGUCUCGACUGGAGCGACGACAGUCUGUGCAGAAGCGCCGACACGAGGAAACGCCUCCUGAAGUCUACGCUAAGUCCUGGAAGGAGAGCAAAUAACAAGCGAACGCCCGGACACACAGGGGUCCCCUGCAGUCUGUGUCGUCUCCCGCCUGAUCUUCAGCCUAAACACAUGUGAUAUCUGUAACCAACAACCACAGUGGAGACAGAGCGGUUCCGUCCACGCUGCCGGCUUUUCCUGUAAUAAAUAACCUCCUACCAUACAGUACGUGACAUGUGGAUUAUCAGGAGUCAUCAAAUAGACGGUCAUCUUUAACAUAUCAGGAACAAAGGACGACCGGAGAGAAACUGGUUAUAUUUCAAAGAUGAGAAAAAAAAAAAACAACAAAGUGAAACAUAAAAGGGGAAAAAAUGGAUUAUGACGUUUUCAUAGUGUCCCGUGGCUUUGUGUUUGUCUUCCACUGAAAGGUGCAUGCAGGAGAUGAAACCACAACACAGAGAUCUCUGUCAUAUCAAAAUGGUUCCUAAUGCGCUUUGAUUUGGAGAAAACUUAGGGUCAGUUUGUCACGAGAGAACAAGCUUUGUUUUCUCAGCAUCAUGGGCUAAACAUGCUGGACUGUAACUAAUGGUUCAUUAAAGGACAUCUGACUUCAGCUUUAACGUCACUGACACGACGAAGAGAAUCUCUGACGAACAGCAGCCGGAAUAUAGUCAUAAAAGAACAGACAAUAUAUAUAUAUAUUUUUCCUAACAUCGAUAUAAUUUACUAGUUUUGUUAUUUCAAAAUAAUGAAAUGUGUUAUUAACGUAAUGUAUCCUCGGUUUACACACUGUCAUUAAAUAAAAAACAGUCCCCUAAAUGUUUCCUAUCAACAAUAAGCUUUUUUUGUUGUUGUUGUUGUUCUAAAGAUUAUGAGAAUAAAGGUCUGAUGUACAGUUUAAGCCUCGUGACGAAGUAGACGUACAGAGGUCACGAUACGCUGUGUAAAUACUCGCUCUUUUCAAUUUCCAUCUUUUGUAUAUCUGCUCAUGAGCUUCUCACGGCUCUUUUUGUAAAUAAUGUCACCAAAACUCAGAAAUUCUACAGAAAUGUAGGUUUGUUCUCUCUUUUUUUUUUUUUUUUUUUGGUCUUCGUGUGAUCGUAAAUGUAUUAUUUUUGUACAAAGAACGACCAAAUUCUAAAUGUAUUGAAAUGGCAAUAAAAUAAAAAACCUGAUUGCAUUGUC